AUGCAAUCGUCGGAAAUGAAACGUCGCCGCGUCGGUAUCGCUUGUGUCAAGUGCCGAGACUUGAAAGCCAAGUGUGAUGGCAGACAACCCGUAUGCUCGAGAUGCGAGGGAUACGGAUUUGAAUGUUCUUGGCCCACUACGACUAGGAGAAGAAGGUCUGCAAAGCCCGAGAGAGCCGCUGCAGCCGGCAGUGAAACUCAGCCUCGACAGCAAUCUUCUCUUGCGCCUCAGGCAGCCCCUUCCAUCGAUGGUCGCUUAACGUAUCCCAGAGCGGUAGAGUCGUACGAAAUGCUUAUCACUACCAUCAGGGCGAAAUUGGAUGCCCCCCAUCAAGCCGCGGUCGAUUCGCGCCUUCGAGAAAUCCGGGCAUUUAUAUCGCACGAACCACAAGAGCCCGCUGGCAUUAACCCUGCCCAGCAGCAUGUCACAAUCGCUCCAUCGCCAACCUACGUUGGAAAGGCAAGUGAUAUACACUUCAUUCACAGUGUCAAUAGAUGCGUGGGUGGAUGCGACCUUUUAUCUGAGGACGUUCCGAUCCAAAAUUAUAGCCAAACUCAUAUCUCAGAGAGCCCAGUUGCCCUGAGAGAUCCGCCGCUUCUGCCAUCGGAGGAGGAAGCGAAUCUUUUCCUACAGGUAUACCUCUCGACUAUCCAUAUUGCAUAUCCGUUCCUACCAAGAUCCGCUCUUUUGAAGGCUUUUGAACGCUUCCAAUCUGGGAAUUUACAUCCGCCGGAGCUUCGGCCAUGGCUGCCAAUAUUCAACUUCAUUUUUGCCAUCGGAUCGUAUUAUAUGCUGUUUCCGCAAGGGAAGAGCUCCAACAAUCGAGUUCAUUUUCGUUACUAUGAACAAGGUCUCUACUACUCACAAGAGCUCAGCGCCGAAUCUUCUCUACUGGGAGUCUGUGCGUUGUUGACGCAGUGCUUCUUUUUGCUUGCUGUCUGCCUCACGGACAGGUGCUGGAACGUCCUUGGCUUCGCAAUUCGUAUGGGCCAAAGUAUUGGGCUCCACGUCGAAUCUUCAUCUGGACUCGGUAGUUGCUCCUCGUGGACAAUGAAUCGUGCUCACUGGCGGCGCACCUGGUACUCAAUGUACGUUCUGGACCGGUUGCUUGCUCUUCAACUAGGUCGACCGAUGGCUAUCCACGAAGAAGAUUUUGAGGUUGAUUUGCCCUCACGAAACGACAUGUCCCCCUUUGUCGCUCCAGACUACGAGGAUGCUGCGUCCAGUAAUACCACACAGCACACCGGAAUGAUGGACUAUUUUCUGGGUGUCAUUCGAUUUUCUCAUGUAUUGGGAUCUGUCAUACGAGCUCUUUAUCGACCUUCCCAGGUUGAUUCAUUUCCAGAACAGAUGCUUCAUAACGCAUCAGAGCUGGAUCACCGCCUGAUGGAAUGGAAAGGAAGCUUGCCACGUCAUCUCCGGUUUGAUCUAGGGCAUACUUUCGAGAAGUCUAUCUCUUUCAAACGCCAGCGCAACAUGCUGGCUGUCAAGUUUCAUCACUUGCGUGCCCUCAUUUAUCGCUCAUUCUUGUGUCUUCCGCUUCUGCAGAUGAAUAAUCAAUCAUUUCUGGAUUUACUUGUCCGAGACAAGGAGCGAAUCUCGGAAGCCGAAUGGAUAUGUAUACAUGAAGCACAGCAGACCGCUCAACUGCUUCACAAUGUCGCCGACGAGCGAAGCUUGGUGCACGACUUUCCUUGGUGGCAGAUGAUCUCGUGCCUGAUCUGUGCUAGCUCUAUUUUGUUUGUGGCGGAAAGUUUCCAUAGCAGCAGCAGUCCAAGCUCUACGACAUCAGCUCAGAACCUUCGAGAUGAUGCUGAGACUUGUCUCAAAGUAUUUGAGGCAUUGAGUGCAAAUUCGGCGGCAGCGCAAAAAGCAGCCGAUAUUUUGCAGGGGCUUUCGCGGAUGUAUCGAGCAACGGGGAAAGUUCGGAUUUCCCUUUACCCCCCGAUCAGCUACUAG